CGGGCAAUAGGGCCCCGCAGGGGGCGGGGGAGGCCGCUCGGAGGAAGUGAUGGAAGCUGAGGAAACAGGAAGAGCCGCGGCCGGACACCUUUAUCCAGUAGAUAUUUUAGCAGGUAAUCCUGAGGUUAUCCAAGAAGCAGCUGAGGCCUACUAUGAAAAACUUUUGCAGCAAGCUUCAUCAUCUCCUGAGUUUUUUUCCAUUCCUGGCGGAGAGAAGGUUAAACUUGAAGAUUCCUGUGUGUGUUUCCUUCCUGUGUACCGAGAAGACCCAAAAUUUAAAAUUUUGGUGUUAAUAGAUCCACAGGCUAAAAAAAGAGUUUUGGCAAUUUACCUUAACCAGUCCUGGUGGCCCAUUGAAGAUAUAGUGAAGACUGCUGAUUCCUCUAGAGAAGGUCUUAUACAGGUCCAAACAUCUGGAGAAAGGAUCGUCCUCUUUGUUCUCAACUCCAUUAUUUUUGGAAUGUUAGAAAGGAGUUCAGCUAAUGAUACAUUCUUUGUAUCUCAUUCCGCCAAGGAGUCUGCCAAAAUAUUCUGGAGGAAUGGAGAUGCUGUUGCCUUUUACACAGUCAAAAUGAAAGGAAGCCUGUGUGAUGUUAACACCAGUCAAUGUUACCUGCUCCCAGUUCUGGAUACUGUAUUUGUCCGGAGAAAGUACAGAAGGUGUGGCCUAGGGAUGAAAAUUCUGCAUGAUUUCUGUCAAUCUUUUGUGACUGAAGAUGCCUUGGGGAUCAGCUGCCCUAUUUCUGCUGACAUGUACCAAGUUUGCCAGAAAUUCUUGCAGACCUAUCCAGAGGAGCAGGAUCGACUGUGGGAGGUGGAAGCACCAGGGGACUGGAGCCAGCGUGUUAAUAUCUGGUUAAAGAUUCAGCUGGAACCUGCCCUUUCAGAAAAAAACACAGUUCGUCAGACUGCUUCAGAGGGGGAAGGAGGCUGUCAUGUAGAGAGAGCUCAGGAUGAUGAACCCAGAUGCUUAGAUGCAGGCCAGAUGAAUGAGGGAGGCGAAUGCAUUCCCAAUAUUAGGAAAGUGCCACAAGAAGCCAGAGACGACAAAGAUAACACAGCAGGAGAAGCAAGGACAUUACACCUGCAAGUUCCCAAGGAGGAGGACUUUAGUCAAGGUACAGCUGAUACACAGCGAAGUAAGGGAUCGAGGAAAAGAGCAAGCACGAUGGGCCUGCUUGAAGACAAGACGACUAAGCAUCUCCGAAUGAUGCCUUAAUUGCCUCACUCAAGGAGCAAAUCCACUGUGCAGUCCUAAAAGGCUAAAAUAAUCAGAAUCUCUAACCACACUGAGAUUUCUCCAGAUUAGUUACAAGGGUUUUGCAAGGUAAAUAUUCUGAAUCUUUACCAAAUAAAAAUAAACUAUUGUUCUU